UAUUUUAUUUUAAUUAUUUGGGUUACACAGGAGUCUUUCAUUCCAGAGAAAAAUUAAUAGCAUAAAGAAAGUUGUUAAAAAGGGGGAAAUAAAAGGGGAGAGGUCUAUUGUUUAAUUUAUAUAGAUGAACCAUUUUAAAAUCUAUGCCUUUUAUAGACUUCAUUAACAUUCAUAGGUAAAGUAUAAAAGGACCCUUUUGCUUCUUUCUCUUCCUUUACUCAACAUGAAAAUAAACAUUGAAAAGAACUCACCCAUCCAACUACCAUUGCUUACACCAUCUUCCUCCAUUACAACCACUUAUUCAUUAUUUGACUCUCACCCAUUCAACGAUUAUCCUGAGCUAUUCCGUAAACAUUCCAUUCAAGGCGACGGUGCAGACUUCCUUGACCCAAACACUCCAUCAACAAGAAGAGCAUCCAGCCCAACCAUCCUUUUUCAAUGUGCUAAAUGCUUACUUCAGUAUCAAUCCAUCUUACCUGUCGCUUCAUGUGGACAGCAUCGAAUAUGUCACAAUUGUCAAAGAUCAAAAGAUUGCCCUACAUGUACCAAGACCAUGAGCACCCCCUACAACAUUACCGCCAAAGAGUACGUACCCACUUUUACUUAUGUACCUGCAGUCUAUCCCUGCGCAAAAGUGACCAAUAUUCCUUGGGAUGUGUCGCAAAAUGACGUUCGUAACUUUUUUGGAAACUGUCGAUUGCCCUCAUCUUCUGUUUACACUCAAUCAAUUCAUAUUCUCAUGGACCGUACGACAGGCAAGACACUUUCUGAUGCCUAUGUUGAAUUUGCAAGUGUAUCGGACCUUUGGCGAGCCGUUGAAACUCGAAGUGAAAAGCCUCUGAAGGGUCGUAUCGUGACAGUGACAGAGUGUAGUCCAGAAGAAUUACUCUCGGUCGUGUUUCCCAAAUGGCGAGGUCAGUUUCAAGGGAACAUGGCGAUUCCGCCUACAUUCGAGGUGGUCAAGACCAUGUCAACAGCCGCUGGCGGUGGUGCUCACUCGGCGUGUCCUCCUUUUAUCACUCGUGAAGAGAUCAAUUCCUUGCUGGUUGUCUGUAAAAAUUACAAGCUUCAUUUUUCAAGGAAAUGUGCUGAACGACCCUUUGAGAAUAUCAUUACAGUUAUUACAAAGUACCCUUGGCAUCAAGCCCAUCUUAUUACGACAAUUCAUCGAGACCAUAUAUAUGAACUUUUAAAAUUGUCAAUAGAAUCACUCAAGACACACUUGUCCAAAGAUUAUAUCCAAAUCGAUCCAACUUUACUCGAACGCUUGGUCCGUGCUGGCAUCAUGUGUCCUGCCUUUACCGAACGUCAAAAGAUGACUCUACUUCAAACCUCCCGUCUGGAAAAAUGUCCAAUGGAUAUUGUCUCUUUCAUGUAUCCCAUGUAUCCAUUUGCUCAAUCGGCUGAUUACUAUUCACUCCCAAAGCAACAGCAACAACAAGGUCCUGCGAUGACCAAAAGACACUCGGAUGAUAUUUAUUCUUUUCAUCAAAUUAACGUAGAAAACGUUUUGGGAGAUGACCCAGCAUCAAUUUCGUCUCUGAUACGUGACAUUCAACAACAGUGUCAGGUAGAAGACAGGCCGAGCAAACCAACUGAAAACAAGAUAGUGAGCCAUGGUAUCCCUUUACUACUUCAUCCUCUCGAAUCUAAAGGUUCUCCUUGGUCCUCUUCUUCAUCUUCUGCAUCUUCAUUACCGUUAUCUAACAGCAAGAGUGACAUCUGGAAAGCAUCCUCUCCCGUCCUUGAAUCGAACAAGCUCACAUCUUCAAAAGUUUUGGCUGCUUAA